GUCAGCUGGAGACAGACUGGUGUGGUGGCGGCCGCUGCUAGCGGCGGAGCUUUCCCCGGGUUGAUGGCUCCUGCACAAGCGUUACCGUUUUCCAGAGCUCCCGUUUAGUCAAUACAAAAGGUUAAUCGCUAGAGAAAAAUGCAACCAAGUGAUGGCUUUUUCCUUAGAAUUUGAAUAUGGAGGCUACAGGAACAGAUGAAGUGGACAAGCUGAAAACAAAAUUUAUAUCUGCUUGGAACAACAUGAAGUAUAGUUGGGUGUUGAAAACAAAGACGUAUUUUAGUAGAAAUUCCCCUGUAUUAUUGCUUGGAAAAUGUUACCAUUUUAAGCAGGAAGAUGAAAAUAAAAUGUUACCUGCAAGAUCAGGAUGUGCAAUCGAAGACUGUGUAAUUUCAGGAAAUGUCGAAGAAUUCCGUACAGAUUUUAUUUCUAGAAUCUGGCUGACCUACCGGGAGGAAUUUCCACAAAUAGAGGGCUCCACUUUGACGACCGACUGUGGCUGGGGAUGUACGUUGAGAACUGGCCAGAUGCUGUUGGCUCAGGGACUCAUACUGCACUUUCUUGGUAGAGCUUGGACCUGGCCUGAUGCUUUGAACAUUGAAAAUUCAGACUCUGAUUCAUGGACUGCUCACACUGUAAAAAAAAUUACUGCAUCAUUUGAAGCAUCGCUCUCAGGGGAAAGUGAACCCAAAACUCCAUCAAAUUCUUUGAAGAAAACAAUUGGGAGACAUUUUGAUGAUCUUGAACUACGAAAUGAAAUUUACCAUAGGAAAAUCAUCUCCUGGUUUGGGGAUUCUCCCUGGACUCUCUUUGGCCUACACCAACUGAUAGAAUAUGGGAAGAAGUUGGGGAAAAAAGCUGGAGAUUGGUAUGGACCAGCUGUGGUCGCUCACAUUUUAAGAAAAGCAGUGGAAGAAGCAAGACACCCUGAUUUACAAGGAAUAACUGUUUACGUUGCUCAAGAUUGUACAGUGUACAAUUCUGAUGUAAUUGAUAAACAGUGCACCUCCAUGGCCUCUGAUAAUCCCGGCGACAAAGCUGUUGUUAUUUUAGUUCCUGUUAGACUUGGUGGAGAAAGAACCAAUAUGGACUACCUGGAGUUUGUAAAGGGAAUUUUAAGCCUUGAAUAUUGUGUGGGUAUUAUUGGUGGUAAACCUAAGCAGUCAUACUACUUUGCUGGAUUUCAAGAUGACAGUUUGAUUUACAUGGACCCUCAUUACUGCCAGUCUUUUGUAGAUGUCAGCAUAAAGGAGUUCCCUCUGGAGACAUUCCAUUGCCCUUCUCCUAAAAAGAUGUCGUUUCGAAAAAUGGAUCCUAGCUGUACAAUAGGAUUUUACUGUCGAAAUGUUCAAGACUUCCGACGCGCUUCCGAGGAAAUCACCAAGAUGCUGCACGUUUCUUCUAAGGAGAAAUACCCAUUAUUUACAUUUGUGAACGGUCAUUCCAGAGACUAUGAUUUUACAGCUACUACAACCCGUGAAGAAGACCUUUUCUCAGAGGAUGAAAAGAGACGAUUGAAGCGGUUCAGCACAGAAGAAUUUGUCUUGCUGUGACGAUGAACGCAUUGGCAUUUGAUGAGAAGGACUCCUUUGAAGGGGGAAAGAAAUGAAGAGAAAGAAACAAGUAUAUUCGAAACUGGCUAUUUUCUCAAGUAUCUUAAUUUUAUAUGUUCUUGGAAAAAAUAUCAUGUGGAAGUAUGUAAAUGUUAAAGAUAUUUUUUUCUGCAAGACAACUGAUCAAAUGGGUUUUCAUUUCUAAUAAAUAUUGGUUGCAUUUCUAUUUUCCAGAAAUCUGCUAAGUAUAACUGUACUUUAACUAUAAGCCUUCCUACCUUCGUAAGUUUCAGCUGUUACUAAUGACAAGGAAAACGAAUCUCUGCUGCCACGUGGGUUGCUGAGGAACCUGCGUGGCAGAGUGGGGUAUGUGUGCAGCUGCUGACACAAGGUCAGCCGUUGGAAACCGCCAGCCAUUCUGCCACAGAAAGACGAGGCCUCCUGUUCCUGUAGAGUUAUCAUCGCAGAAGCCCACAGGGACCGUCCCCCCAGCUCGCAGGGUCCCUGUGAGUCUGAAAAGCAGGGAGUUUUGAGUGGUUGAUGGUGGUUGAUGAAGUAGAAGGAUGCUUUUGACUAGUUUAUAUAUUAAAGGGUAGCUUUUAGCUGUGAUGUGCAUCCAAUUGCAUAAACAGUUGUGAGUGAAAGUAAUACUUAGCAAUAUGAUUUUAUAAUGGCUGUUCAUUGUACUUGCCAUUAAACUUUCCUAUGAGACCUGAAUAUAAAGUAUUGGUUUUCCCCACAAUUUAAAAAAUUAUAUUAUUAAUAGUAACAGCAUCCAAUCACACCAGAUAAAAACCAAUAAUAGGAGUAGUGUUUGUUUUCUAUCUCAAAAAUACAAUUUUAUGGGAACUCUACUUAUUAUACAGUUUCUAAAUCUAAAGCUACGUACCGAGAAAGGCAUCAGUCGCUGGUCCUCCUUGUGGUUUUUGCUGUUAGUGUAAAUCACUGUAGCGGUGUUUAUAAGCUGAGGCCACCUCUGAGCAAAUCUGCCUUAAGUGUUUUGUGUGUGACUUAGUGGCAAUUUGUGAUAUAAAAGUACCAGGUUUAUUAUUGAACCAGGAUUAGAAAAUAAAAGCUUUAAUAAAGAUGUAAGAAUAUA